GUUGUAUUUUCGCCUUUUUUUUUUCACCUUUCACUUUUUAAACAUAAAAAUGAAACUUUUGUCCCCUUUAUUAUUUGCAGGUUUAAUUUUAGGUGGCGUGUCAGCCCAGUUCUACGAUGACUUUAGUGUUGAAAUGGUAGAAGAUGACGACGUCGAGAUGGGAUUUACCGAAAUAACAGACGGACCUUUACCCUGCAACGGCUACCCAGAAUUCAGAAAACUGCCACUCAAUCAAGCCUUUUAUCUUGGUGCUCAUAAUGCUGGAUCGCAUGUCUUUGAUAAACCCUGUCAGGGCAGUCAGACACGAGAUAUUUCUCAAAUGCUCGAGGAUGGUAUUCGUUACUUGGAUAUCAACUUGUGCAAAGAUCGAGGAAAGGUUGUGAUUUGUUCAGAAUUCGACUCCACACCUUCAAGUCUUUACUUUACCGAUGUCCUCGAAUCUAUUUUCACUUUCUCAAGGGAUAACGUUGAACAAAUUCUUAUUUUAAACCUCAAGUCCGAGAAUGUAGACCAAGCUGUCGAGACAAAGGAUUUGGAAGAUUUGAUUGACGAAAGAUGUAAGGUGCACACAGAAUUGACUCCAGGAACAAGUGAAUUUGUUAAAAAAGAGUGUCCAUUUGUGGAAGUUUUCGUUGCCGGAAAGAACCGCUGGCCCUCUUUAGGCAAGGUUGUCAAUUAUGAUCCUGAAAUGUCCCAAUGGGUCGGUGAUGGUGAGGUUGUUGGUGUUCGCACUAAGUUACAUAUAAGUAUUGCUGACAGCAUUGUCUCAACCCCCAACUACAAGACAUCUUACUUUUCGCCUGCCUUUUGGAGAUCAAUUCACAAGGGCAAUAAAGUGGAAAGCUUGGCCGAUUUCAAAAAAACUUUAGGUCAGUUAUGCAGAGUGCCUGCUGGUGGUAUUGGUUUGGAGGCCUAUGUUUCAGAUUCAUGCUCGGCAGAAUUAAAUCAAAGGAUCGCCAACCCCUCUUUCAUUGAAGAUGCUUUGGUCAGUCGCUCAGGCUGUAAUUUGAAUGACUCACCUCUCAAUACAUUCAUCUCUUUCAUCUCUGUGGAUAACUAUGAAUUGGAAUUGCCUUAUUUGAAAGAACUCGAGGCUCGCAUGAUGGACCUUAACUUUGAAAAAUGGAGUGGCAAUUAUAAACCUAUCCAACCUUCCAAAUUAUUAAAGGAAAAGAAAGAAAUUACGAGAGAUGAAUUAUAAAUUCAAUAAAAGGUUUAUUACACUUUUAAU